GUGACGAAUUGUUGGUGAAUUGUAUGAUCACCUUCCAUCUAGCAACCCUACAAGCAAUUAUUUUUUAUGGCGACUAAAGGACAUAUAUCCAUGAUGGCUAUAAAUAAAAUAAAAAAAAAAGUUAUUUGAAUGUAUUCAUUUCAUUCAGAAGUGAUUCGGAUUGAAAUUAGUAAAAAUAAACAAAAAUAAAUACUACUAAAGUAAUAUUAAAACUGUUAUUUCAUUUAUAACACAUACCUGACUUUGUUCGUGGAAAAAUAUAAUCCAGUUAAUUUAUAUACUAUCCAAGUAAUAUGGCAGAAAUUAUGAAUAGAAAAGGUAGAGAAAAAAAUAAAAACAUUACUAAAUCAGACACUUCGGAAGAAAUAGAAGAUGUUAAAGUGGAUGCUAAGGAUAAAUCGUAUGUUAACAAGAAUCUUCCAUUAAGAAUACUGACGCGUGUGGUUGUUACAACGUCUUUACUCAUUGUGGUUUAUUAUACAACACAAACACAGAAGGUUCAGCCAUUUGCUAAGCAAUCUGACUUGUUGUUGGAUGGAAAAGUUCGAAUAGUAGAAUGUUCAUCUGAGUACAUAGAAGAAGUGGAUAAAUUUCAAGGUUGUGUCCCAAAUAGAUGUAAAAGAGUAGUCAAUGACAAAGUAAUUACAGAAGAAGAAGCUGCUGUCCUGCUCGAUAUAGCAAAGAUGGGUUUGCAGUUUGGUGGUUCAAGCGGUGGGGCUUCUAUAUUGGAUCUCCACAGUGGAGCACUGUCACACGGCAAUCAUUUCAUAAACAUUUACAAAAACAAAGAUGCCAAGAAACUUUUCAACAGUUUUCACUUUGAAAUUUACAGAAUUGUGAAAGAAAAAGUUAAGUUUGCUGUAGCAUAUUACUUCCAAGUACACCCUGAAAAGAUUUACUUAACACAUCCUACAUUCUUCUCAGAAUUAACAGCAAAGGAAGCUGUCACUGUGCAUGAUGAGUACUGGCAUCCACAUGUUGAUAAAGAAACUUACAGCUCAUUUCACUUUACGACCCUGCUUUACCUUAAUGACUUUGGAGUUGACUUUGAAGGUGGGAGAUUUGUAUUCAUUGAUAAUGCGGUCAACAGAACCAUAGAACCAAGAAAGGCGCGGGUAAGCAUGUUCACAAGUGGCAAGGAGAACUACCAUUUUGUUGAAAAAGUAACAAAAGGAGUCCGAUAUGCGAUGACCAUCUCGUUUACAUGUGAUAUACAAUAUGCAAUAAGAGAACCUGAUUUAAAGAAAUUUUUAAAUUAAAAUGCAGUAUUAGUUCUAUUUCACUGCUCAGUGUAUUUAUUGACUUAAUGAUUAUACAAUUAUCCGCUAUA